GUUCAGCACAACCAUUAAAAGAAAAAAGGAUUUUAACUGAGACGAGCAAAGCUUUCUACUUUCGUGGUCUCUGCUAGCACACGGUGUAAUCCAUUAACUGCUUACCUUCAUAUUCGAGAAACGUAUAAAAAAAAAGGUCCUGCUUUAUCCCAAGUUUGGAUUGUCUGACCUCUUCAACUUUUACAGUUGUACGAAGUGUUCUUCCCCGAUCAACGCGAAGCAGUAUUUUUUCUGCGCCUCCACUAUUGUCAUUCAUUUUUUUCUUUUACUCAUUCCACAUCGCGAGCUGACUGUGCGUGGUAAUCUGCUGCACCUUUCUAUUUUUUUCCUUUCGUUUUGCCUCAACGGAAGAGGUAGAGAGAGAGAGGGAAGAGGUGAAUCAAAGGUUUCGUUGUUUUUGCUUUCGAUUUAAUCCGCACAAGGUGAGUCGCUUGUUAACGGGAGCACCGUUCUUGUUGUUCGACAUAUCUGCGUUCUCGUCUCAUUGAGAAGCGGCUGCGACCAAAAUCAAAAAGAAAAAGUCGCGAGUUCUGCAAUCAAACUGAACAAUAGAAAGAGGCGCUGUCGCCGUACUUUUUCUCGCAUCCAGCUCUCGCUUUCAGUUCGAUAAGGCGUGCGUGCGUUUCUUUUGUUUGUUUGUGUGCGUUGUUAUCUUUCUCUCCGUAGAGUGCAAAAAGCCGGUGAAUCACGCCACCCAAGUAGUCCACGUUACUCGACGGAAGGAGAGAAACAGGUUUCGCACGGUGACUCGAGAAGACAAAGCAAUUUGCAGCAUUUCAGUUCCUUUGACACCCCCAGUCAUCCUCACACGCACCCGCACGCGAUGGCGGACGCUAUGAGGACGCGCCUCGCAGAGGCCAAAACGGCCUUCGAUGCGGGCAACUAUAGCGAGGCGGAGAAGGUGCUCCGCGCGAUGCCCCAAGAGGAUAUGAAAGUGCAGCACAACUUAGUAACCGUCCGCUACCUGCAGAACCAACUGACAACCGAGCAGGCAUUGUCCGCCCUGCGAGCCAGCGCCGAUGGCAACGGCGAGGACCCGAACCUGAAAGCCCCGGGCUUGAUGCUGCAGUACGAGGGCCACGAGACCGCCGUCUACAACCAGGCGCUUCUCUACGCCCGGAGUGGGCAGGCCCACGAGGCCAUGCUGCUGCUGCGCCGCAUCCUCGAUCACGCCGACGACGUGGCACUGCCGACGCUCGUCUACAGCGUCUGCCUCUUCAACACCCUCACGAAGACGAUGCGCAAGGCGCCCGCGCGCACGACGAGCGCCGCCGAUGAGGAGCUCGUGCAGAAGGUGCUGAAGAUGUGCAUGGAGAAGUUGAAUUCGGAGCCGGAGUUGGUGAGGUUAAUGUCGGCCGCGUUCGCCGACUCCAGCUCUCUGCACGACAGCUUCAAGGACUGCGAGAACGACUCGACCAAGCAGGCGGUGUACCUCAACAACUUAGGUGUCUUUUCCCUCACCGAGGAGAAACUCAACGUGGCGAGUCUGUGCUUUGCCAAGGCGGAAGCCAUUGCGACGACCGAGCAGGCCGGCAGGCACCACGCGGCACCGAUCCAAUACAACGUCGGGCUCUGCGCGCUGCUGCAGGAAGACAACGAGGGGGCACUACAAGAGUUUUUGGCGGUGCAGGACGCCAUGAAGGCGUCUGCCGUCUUCUGGGUGCGCUGCGCGGAGGCGGCCGUCGCAUGUGUGCAGCAGGAGGCCCGCAAGCGGCGGCGCGGCGAGUACGAGCGACAGCAGAGCACUUACAGCGCGCUGCUGCAGAGCGGCAAGGUGUACACGAACUUCGAGUUCUUGAUGCUGCCGAGCGCCACCAACGUCCCGGGUCCCAUCACCGACGCUGCGAAGGACCUGCCGAGUAUGACGGCCUUAGAACAGAUCGCCACGGCUGCCGUUCAGAACGCACUCUUCUUGCUCGUGCCGAAGGGCCACACCUUCAGCAGCGCGGUCGAGGCCUUCCCGCACGAGCGGACACUGCUGCAGUACGCCAUGCUGUACUGGAUCGCGCUGGAACUCAACCGCCGCAACUACAUGGCCGCCGUGGAGGCCGGACAGGAGCUGCUGAACGCACAUGAGCGCUACCCGCUACCGUCGAAUUUGCACGCAACGCUGCUUAUUUACACGGUGGAGGCGCUGGUGCACUUGAACGAUCCGGAGCGUGCAAUGAAGAUUCUUCGGCGGGCGUCGCUGCAGGCGCUGGUGACGGGCUCGGCAAGUGACCCGGUGGACGCGGCGCAGCGCAGCCGUGUUGAGGCUCUCUUUGUGAAUCUGACUGUCUCGCACAUCCUCACCGGGUCGUGGAACCAGGCGCACGCGAUCAUGGAGUCGCUGCUGCGCAAAAUCUACGAGGCGGCGCCGGCCGGUGCGGCGGAGUUCAUGCCGCAGCGGGACACGAUGUUUGCCUAUUGCACACUCGAGGUCUUUCUGGAGCUAGCGCAGGGCAACCAGGAGAAGGCGGCGGAGUGGAUGUCGAAAAUUACCUGGAGCAUUUAA